CUGCUGUUGUCUGGCCGACGUUUCUCUCUCUAGAAGAUGCAUUCCCUCGAUCUCCUCCUCUUUUGAAGAUUCUCAGAUAUUGUGUGUAUAUAUAUUUCCCUUUGUCAUAUACUCGAAUUUAUACACAUAAUACACAUGUAUAGUAUAUAUAUAUCAAAAAUCAAAAUCUAUAGAUACAUAUAAAUAGAAAGAUAAAAACUGUUUAACCCGUCGGUGAAGUAGUUUGUACAAAAAAGACACGAAAAACCAGAUAGAUAGAUAGAUAGAGGCAGCCAGAGUUGUGGAUAAGAAUGCUGCCGGCAAGAUAUUUGGUGGCCGUGGUAAUUUCCGGCGUGUUAAUGUCGGCGGCGGCGGCGGCUUUAUACGGCGAAGGGACGCUGAGUUUCGCUCUCGAGAGGGCGUUUCCGACGAGUCACGGAGUUGAGAUGAGUCAACUCAGAGAGCGAGACCGAGUCCGCCACGGCCGAAUCUUGCAGUCCUCCGGCGUCGUUGAUUUCCCCGUCGAAGGCACUUACAAUCCCUUUCUCGUUGGGCUUUACUUUACUAGGGUUCAGUUGGGUUCUCCACCGAAAGAAUUCUAUGUACAGAUUGAUACUGGAAGCGAUGUCUUGUGGGUGAGUUGUACGUCUUGCAAUGGCUGCCCAACGUCGAGUGGACUUCAGAUCCCGCUUGAGUUCUUUGACCCAUCGAAUUCACCUACAGCUUCGGUGAUAUCGUGUUCAGACCAGAGGUGUGCGCUUGGAGAACAAUCUUCCGACUCGGGGUGCUCUACUCAGAAUCAAUGUAGUUACACGUUCCAGUAUGGGGAUGGUAGUGGGACAUCGGGGUAUUAUGUAGCAGACUUUAUCCAUUUUACUACGGUUGUGGGGAUUUCUAUGAACUCAAACACGUCGUCUCAAGUUGUUUUUGGAUGUAGCACGUCUCAGACUGGGGAUUUAACUAAGCCCGACAGGGCAGUUGAUGGAAUCUUCGGAUUUGGCCAGCAGAGUAUGUCUGUAAUCUCGCAGCUUUCAUCACAAGGAGCAACGCCAAAUGUGUUCUCCCAUUGCCUGAAAGGCAGCAAUGGCGGGGGUGGCAUAUUGGUACUAGGUCAGAUCGUGGAGCCCAGUAUAGUUUACACUCCACUUGUCCCAUCACAGAUGCAUUACAAUUUGAAUUUGCAGAGCAUUUCUAUUAACGGGCAGCCUUUGCCGAUUAGCUCGCAAGUAUUUGCAACAUCAAGCAACAGAGGGACGAUAAUAGAUUCUGGAACAACUUUGGCAUACCUUGCAGAGGAGGCUUAUGACCCUUUUGUAAAUGCAAUAACCCAGGCCGUUUCAGCAUCUACACGUCCUCUCGUUGCCAAGGGAACCCAAUGCUACUUAACGACCUCCAGCGUCUCCGAUAUAUUUCCCACUGUUAGUUUGAAUUUUGCGGGUGGUGCAUCAAUGAUGUUAAAGCCUGAAGACUACCUUUUACUACAAAACUCCAUUGGCGGAGCUGCAGUGUGGUGCAUUGGGUUUCAGAAACUUCAAGGCCAAGGGAUUACCAUUUUAGGAGAUCUUGUCCUGAAAGACAAAAUCGUUGUUUAUGAUUUGGCAAACCAACGGAUUGGGUGGACAAAUUAUGACUGUUCAACAUCAGUAAAUGUUUCCACGACCACGAGAUCGGGCAGAAGUGAAGUCGUCGAUGCAGGGCAGAUAAAUAACAACGCGGCCGGGUUGCGAGUUAAUCCUUAUGAGGUGAUGGGAAACAUUGUUGUUGCUCUCUUGUUACAUGUAUUGGCAUUUGGCUGCUACUCUGUUUUGUUGUAACAUUUGGUGUGUAGCUAGAGUUGUUUUUUUUUUUUUUUUUUUUUUUUUUUUUGGGUUUUGUGUACAGAGUCAGUCCAAUAUUUAUUUGAACCACAGGCACACCUAUCUUUAGUAACAAUGCAGCAGCAGCAGCAGCCGUUUAGGUUGUCUUUUGUAUUGAACAUACCAAACAAUUUGUGUAGUGACAACACCUUCCCGGAGUGACCAUCACUAAUAUUUUGUUCUAAUAAUUAAUACAUAAUUUAUGCCUGUCA